AAACGUAGCUUUGAGGUUGAGGCGAUGGCAAAAUGCGUUAAACGCGCAUCGGGUUUUGUAGCUUGUCCGAACGCGUAGACUCCGAAACACAGGUCUUCUCGCUGACUCGGCUCCAAUUUCACACAAACCACAAAACCAAAAGAAGAAACCUUUUUCCCUUUUUAACUCUCCGGUCACCGAUUCAAUUACCUCAAUUCUGAAUCCUCUCCUCGACCCAUCCCUCAGUCAUGGAGAUUACACGCAGAAGCCUCACUCUCACUCUUUUUCUCUCUUUAUAUAUAGUCUCCGCCCUCUCCCUCUCCUUUUUCUCCCCGACCGAUAACUACCUUAUCAACUGCGGCUCCUCCGUUGACGCUGCUGUUUACAACCGCCACUUUGUUUCUGAUGACGACUCCUAUAACCCCAACUCGCCGCUUCUCUCUGCCACUCGUACGAUUCCACUUGCAAACCAAAAUCCGGCCCCUAAUUCACCCCAAAUCUACAACACGGCUAGGAUUUUCAGGAAACUUUCCAAGUAUGAGUUCGAGGUCAAGGAUCCAGGAACCCACAUGGUACGCCUUCAUUUUUACCCUUUCGUGUCUUCGAAUUUAGACUUAAACUACGCUCACUUUCACGUUUUGGUUAAUGGGUAUGUCGUUUUGAGUAAUUUUACUGUGGCGAAUGUGGCGACCCCUCUUGUUAAGGAGUAUUUCAUCUGGGUUGAGUCAAAUAAGCUUGUCAUUACGUUUAUGCCUACAAGAAGGGAUGAAUUUGGGUUUGUUAAUGCAAUUGAAGUGAUUUCUGCGCCCAAAGAUUUGAUCGCUGAUAUGGCAAUUCUUGUCAGUGGCAAUAAAACUGAGAAAUUUGAUGGAUUAACUAAGCAGGCUCUUGAAACAUUGUAUAGAGUCAAUGUUGGGGGUCCAAAGGUGACACCAUUUAAUGACACAGUGUGGAGAACAUGGGUUCCAGAUAAUGGGUUCUUUGAAUCAAGUGAAUUGUCGAGCAGGAUCUAUUUCAGUGGUCGAAUUAAGUAUCAAAAUGGAGGUGCUAGUCGGGAAGUUGGUCCUGAUUUUGUAUACAGUACUGCUAGAGUAAUUGCAAGCACAAAUGCUUCGAUCCCUGAUGCAAACAUGACAUGGGAGUUUCCAGUGAAGGAGGGUUUUCAGUACCUUGUUAGAUUGCAUUUCUGUGAUAUUGCUAGCAUGACGCUUGGUUUACUAUAUUUUAAUGUAUAUAUUAAUGGGCAUUUGGCAUAUGAAAAUUUGGAUCUUUCCUCUAUUACAUAUAUGCUGGCUUCUCCAUUUUAUGCAGAUUUUGUUGUCGAUAGUGAUAGCUAUGGGAUCGUAAGGGUGAGUGUUGGACCUUCAAACAUGAGUAUGGCACGCGCAGUUGAUGGUAUCUUGAAUGGGGUGGAGAUCAUGAAGAUGAAUAACUCAGUGGGUAGUCUUGAUGGAAAAAUGUGUGCAGGGAUGGUAUUGAGAAGUUGGCCAAGAGGAAAUAUUGGUGUUUUGUUUCCUCUAGUUGCUGUUGUGUGUCUAGUGUUGAGUGUAUAUGUGCUUAUGCAUAAGAGGACAGUUGGUACAAGGGACUCCGUUGCGAGGGACUCUGUUGCAUGGUCUAAAUUGCCAACUGAUGUCCCAGAAGAGAAGUUAAAAGAUGGCGAUGAACAUUUAUCUGGCAAAGCGUGAAGUUUCUUCAAGACAAAAAGAUUUUUUAAUGAUGCAUGCAAUAGGAGGAUGGUAUUGCUAAUUAGUUUCUUACUUUAGUGCUAUUAAAGUCAUGGAUGGUUACGUAACUUGUUUCUAAAUAGCUUGUCGUACUUGAGGGAAUUUGUAGAUAAGUUGUACUUACAGCAUAUAGUAUUGGCAUCUCAUUGUUAUUGUAUCCCUUUGUUCCUUCCUCUGAGAAUAGAUUGCAGGUUACUAUCAAGAAGUUCUUUUCUUAUCAUAUCUGUGCAACUUUUAGAGCUUAAAUUGUACGAAAUGAUAUGUUGUCAA